AUGGGGGAGCGACGUGAGAUUGAACCAGCCAUGGUUCAAGAGACGGUAGAGAAAGUUGAGAUGCUGAAGGUUUGGCUUAAGGAAGCCCAUGACCGUCAGAAGAGUUAUGGAGAUAAGCGGCGUAAGGAUUUGGAGUUCCAGGUUGGCGACCUUGUAUACCUGAAAAUGAGGAUAUUUCAAGGAGGAUCUACGACUCGGAAGUUGAAGAAGCUUAAACCAAGAUAUAUGGGACCAUACUCCGUUUUGGAGCGAAUUGGAGCAGUUGCUUACCGAUUGGAUUUAUCGGAAGAGUUAUCAGACUUCCAUGAUGUGUUUCAUGUUUCGGUUUUAAGGAAAGUCGUGAGAGAACCAAAGCUCAUUUUGCUACAGCCGCCCAGUGACCUUGACAGAAAUUUGCGUGCGCCGUGUCAGCCAAUAGAGAUAUUGGAUCGGCAAGUGAAAGCACAUGAUGGUACGAUGACUACAUUGGUCAAAGUUCGUUGGGAGAGAGAUGGUAUUCACGAGGAGACUUGGGAGCCAGAAACCCAAAUGAGGAUUGAUUAUCCGAAAUUUUUCCUAGAUGAUAUUAGGCAGUCAGUUGUGACAUGA